GCCCCGCUGCCGCGGCGGGGAGCCGGGCUCGGGAGGGCUCCGGCCGCGCCGCCCUGUGAGGGGAACCCGAGCGGCCCGCGGGCGGGACGGCGCGCACCGCCCUCCGCCGCCUUCCCGUGAGCCUCUGCGCCCGGGGCGAGGGGGUCCUGGCCGGGCAGCGGCGCAAGAUGGCGGCGGACAGUGAGCCCGAGUCGGAGGUGUUUGAGAUCACGGACUUCACCACCGCCUCCGAGUGGGAGAGAUUUAUUUCAAAAAUAGAAGAAGUAUUGAAUGACUGGAAACUUAUUGGGAUUUCUUCAGGAAAAGCUCUAGAAAAGGGUGUAUAUACCACAGGAGCAUGGGAGGAGAAAUCAGAUGAAAUUUCAUUUGCAGACUUCAAAUUCUCAAUUACCCAUCAUUAUCUUGUACAAGAACCCAGUGACAAAGAUGGGAAAGAAGAACUGGUAGAAGAUGCCCUUCCUCUGCCUAUGCAGGACUUGCUGUGCAUGAACAAUGACUUUCCUCCCAGAGCUCACUGUCUCGUAAGAUGGUAUGGCUUACGUGAGUUUGUGGUUAUUGCUCCGACGGCAAAUAAUGAUGGGGUACUUAGUGAAUCCAAGUGUAACCUUUUGCUGAGUUCCAUUUCCAUCGCAUUGGGGAACACUGGCUGUCAGGUACCACUGUUUGUGCAAAUACAUCAGAAAUGGCGACGAAUGUAUGUUGGAGAGUGUCAGGGUCCAGGAGUUCGAACUGACUUCGAAAUGGUUCAUCUUCGCAAAGUGCCAAAUCAGUAUACUCAUUUAUCAGGUUUACUGGAUAUCUUCAAAUCGAAGAUUGGAUGCCCUUUAACACCACUGCCUCCAGUUAGCAUGGCUAUUCGGCUUACAUAUGUGCUUCAAGACUGGCAGCAGUAUUUCUGGCCACAGCAGCCACCAGAUAUAGAUGCUCUAGUUGGGGGAGAAGUUGGAGGCCUUGAGUUUGGGAAGUUACCAUUUGGUGCCUGUGAGGAUCCUAUUAGUGAGCUUCAUUUAGCUACUACAUGGCCUCACCUAACAGAAGGUAUUAUUGUCGACAAUGAUGUUUAUUCUGACUUGGAUCCUAUUCAAGCACCCCAGUGGUCCGUGAGAGUCGGAAAAGCAGAUAAUCCUCAGUGUCUAUUGGGUGACUUUCUUACUGAAUUCUUCAAGCUUUGCCGUCGGAAGGAGUCAACUGAUGAGAUACUUGGAAGGUCUGCAUUUGAAGAGGAAGGAAAAGACGUUGCUGAUAUUAGCCAUGCUUUGUCAAAGCUCACAGAGCCAGCACCAGUCCCAAUCCAUAAAUUAUCAGUCACAAAUAUGGUUCACAGUGCAAAGAAAAAAAUUCGCAAGCACAGAGGAGUGGAUGAAUCACCUUUAAACAAUGAAGUUCUGAACACUAUUCUCCUGUUCUUAUUUCCUGAUGCUGCUGACAAAGUUGCAGAUGGAUUUGAAAGCAGAACUAGCCCUACAGCAGGAAACAAUCCUCCUCCAGAGACUGAAGAAUAUAAUCUCUUCGGUCAGUUUAAAUCUGCUCCUUCUGAUAGUCUGACGUACAAACUAGCUUUAUGCCUUUGUAUGAUAAACUUCUACCAUGGAGGAGUAAAAGGAGUGGCACAUCUUUGGCAAGAAUUUGUGUUAGAAAUGCGCUACAGAUGGGAGAACAACUACCUUAUUCCAGGAUUAGCUAACGGCCCUCCUGAUCUGAGAUGUUGUUUGCUGCAUCAGAAACUUCAGAUGUUAAAUUGUUGCAUUGAAAGAAAGAAAGCAAGAGAUGAGGGGAAGAGGGGGAGCGUGUCUGAUCGUUCACCUGGGGGUGCUUCUGGUGAUACUGGAAAAGGAGGAGACCACUCUGGAGAUAACCCUGAUAAGGAAAAAGAAGUUGGCAAGUCUUGGGAAUCUUGGAGUGACAGUGAAGAGGAAUUUUUUGAAUGUUUAAGUGACACAGAAGAUCUUAAAGGAAAUGGACAGGAAAAUGGAAAGAAGGGAGGACCAAAAGAAGGGAACAAAGAGUCUGUAAACUUAAAACCAGAAGGUCGUCUGCAUCCACAUGGAAAGCUGAUGCUGCUGCAUCCAGGAGAGCCCCUCUACAUUCCAAUAACACAGGAACCAGCGCCCAUGACUGAAGAUUUGCUGGAAGAACAGUCUGAGGUACUGGCAAAACUCGGGACAUCAGCAGAAGGUGCUCAUCUUCGGGCACGCAUGCAGAGCGCCUGCUUGCUGUCAGAUAUGGAGUCUUUUAAGGCAGCUAAUCCUGGCUGUUGUCUGGAGGAUUUUGUGAGGUGGUACUCCCCUCGGGAUUACAUCGAAGCAGAAGUGGUUGAUGAGAAGGGGAACAUAGUCGUUAAGGGUGAGCUGAGUGCCCGAAUGAAGAUUCCUAGCAACAUGUGGGUAGAGGCCUGGGAGACAGCAAAACCGGUCCCAGCUCGGAGGCAGAAGAGACUGUUUGAUGACACUAGAGAGGCAGAGAAGGUGCUUCAUUACCUUGCAGUUCAGAAACCAGCUGACCUUGCAAGGCAUCUCUUGCCUUGCAUCAUCCAUGCAGCUGUACUCAAGGUAAAGGAAGAAGAAGCACUAGAAGAUAUAUCUUCAGUUAAGAAGAUUAUUAAGCAGAUAAUAUCCCAUUCCAGUAAAGUUCUACGAUUCCCUGGUCCAGAGGACAAGAAGUUGGAAGAAAUCAUUGCUCAGAUCAUGAGUGUGGAAGCUAUCAUUGCCAGGGCAAGGUCUCUGAAAGCAAAAUUUGGGGUAGAGAAAUGUGAAAAUGAGGAGGAGAAAGACGACCUGCAAAGAUUUGUAAACUGUCUCCUGGAGCAGCCAGAAGUAUCAGUUAUUGGUGCAGGAAGAGGACCUGCUGGCAGCAUUAUUCACAAGCUGUUCGUGAACGCUCAGAGGCUGACUGAGUCUUCUGAUGAGGUGGCUGCAGUGCCUCCGCUUGAUGAAGAAUUGAGGAGAUCGGGUUCAUCGGAGGAGCGAAGGCUUAACACGGGGGUAGUUUCAGAUUUCCCACCACCCACAGGUCGUGAGGUGAUUUUGCGCACAACUGUCCCCCGCCCUGCACCUUACUCCAAACCGUUACCCCAGCGCAUGUACAGCGUGCUGACCAAGGCAGACUUCCGACUUGCAGGUGCCUUUUCAGCAGAUACAACCUUCUUCUGAUGUAACCACCUGUGGUCAUCUUGGGUGUCUUCACAACCAGCGUGCUCUUCAUUUUCCUGCAGGGAAGUUACUGUUACAGAGGGAUGGGCCUGUGGUGAGGAGACAAUACAGUCAUUGCUAGUUGACAGAGUGUCAUGUUCCCAGGCACAGAGCUGAAUGGGCAGCCGAGCAGGGUGCCUGGAGCAGCUUCACAAGUCAUUUCAAUCAGAAUCUUUGGGGAAGAAAGUUUGGCUAUCUCCUCUCUGUCCAAAGGGAGUGUAAUAUUUUUUUUGCAUUAGCUUGUUGAAUAAUGGACAUGAAUGAGCUGUAUGCAAAUAAUUCAUGGUGAAAUUCAUGCAGAAUGUGCUGCUCUAUGGUUCUUAAUUAGAUUUUAUCAAGUGACGUUAGUUACUGAAAUUGAUGUGCAAACAUUAAGUAAUUUGUAUUUAUUGCUAAUCGUAUUUUUUGGUUAAUCACGAAGUUGCAAUGACUUCUAAACUAUCCUUAUUUUCAUUUAAAAUACACAGUAGAGUCUAGCUCAUGGUAAACUCUCCUAGCGUUGCAGCAGUUGUCCAAAAAGAUCUUGUUUUGGCCGCUUCUCCCAAACAGAAAUAAAUAUAUGUGGGGCUGUAAGUGGACCAUAAGCCUGAUACGUGUCAGCGAUCCACUUAAAGCUACUUUAUAUCCUGCCCUGCAUGCAAGGGCCAAAGCUGGAUGUAAAUGACACACACAGAGGCAUUUCACUGGAAGCAAGGCACUGGUUUGUAGAGACCCGUUGAAUACAGGAUCUGUCCUUGAUCCAGUAAGACAGAGCAGUUGUGUUGCCUGCUGGAAGCUAACCCCCUGGCUAUCGUGCAGACACCAUGACGUCUGUGUGCCAAUGCUGCUUUACAGUGGUCUUCGUUUCGGUGAGAAUCGGCAAAAGAUCAGCAUUACUUUACAAAAUGAAAUGUAAAAAGAGCUACAGUAUGGUGACAUUACUCAAUAAAUCAGAACUUACUGGC